AAUCACUCGAAAGCAGCAUUAGGGUCUGAUUGACGACGUGUGUGUCCUGGGACAACGUCACGAGUCCGAAAUCCUCCUCCGGAGUGGCCCGCAGUCCGGACAAGAGGAGUGGGAAGUGACUUGUAUUUUGGAUCAUAAUUUUGGGAAGCAUUCAUCUUGUCGUUAUGUUUGGGUUUUUUUUAUUAGAGCCACGGUCCAGUUGGCGAGUUGGAGAGUGAGAGAGGAGGGAGGCGAGGGGGGGGGACCAGCAGCAGGUGCAUGUGGAUGGCGAUAAAAGUCAAAAGGAAACUCCCCACACGGUUUGCACAUCGGUGGAUCGAUAAAAUACUUGACGAAUAGCAACUAGAACGACUUCUUGGCUCGGGGGGAAGCGUAAGAAUGGGUUCCCCUGCUUUCCCCACUCCAGAAUAGCAUGUUAAUCCCAGGAGAAAGCCGCGUCUUGUCCCGUCUCUCCGCACGCAAACAUGGAGAAAGUUAACAGUGAACCUUAUCGCUAACUUACCUCAACCUAAACGGGGACUUUCGACACUCAGGCUCGCUGUAAACUUUUUUUUUUUUUUGGGUUGUGGGGAGAAACACAGCAGUGGAUGCAUACACAGCAGUGAGUCUCCGAGCACAGAUUUUUAAGGAUAUCACCGGGGCAAUGGAGAAGAAGAACCAGGCGAUCAACCGGACCCGCUCCCCGGCCGAUGAUGAUGGUAGAGCCAAAGACAGAGUGGGCAGCGUGGAUCCAUAUGGUUUUGAGCGCUCAGAGGACUUUGAUUAUGAAUCACAUGAGGAGCUAAUGUCCGAGUAUCUAGUUGUGCUCACCCGACGAUGCAUCAAGUGGUCCAAACUCCUGAAGGGAAAAAGCAAAGUGCAGAAGAAUGUAAAAUUAAAGCGUUACGUACGUAAGGGGAUUCCUAAUGAGCACCGGGCUCUGGUCUGGAUGUCAGCCAGUGGGGCUCAAGACCAGCUAGAGAAGAACCCAGGAUACUUCCAGUCCCUGCUCGGAGCCCAGCACGACCCCAAACUGGUGGAGACCAUCUGCACAGACUUGAACAGAACGUUUCCAGACAACGUCCAGUUCCGCAAGACGUCCAACCCAUGUCUGCAGAAAGCCCUGUACAACGUGCUGCUGGCUUAUGGUCACCACAACCAAACUGUGGGCUACUGUCAGGGGAUGAACUUCAUCGCUGGGUAUCUACUCAUCAUCACAAAAGAUGAAGAAAAAUCCUUCUGGCUGAUGGAUGCACUACUCGGUAGAAUUUUACCAGACUACUACAGUCCAGCCAUGCUGGGACUGAAAACGGACCAGGAGGUGUUAGGGGAACUGGUGAAAGCUAAAGUCCCCAGAGUCUGGCAGACUAUGGUGGAUCACAAUGUCAUGUGGACCCUGGUGGUCUCCCGAUGGUUCAUCUGUCUCUACAUCGACGUUUUACCAGUAGAGACAGUUCUAAGGAUUUGGGACUGCCUGUUCUACGAGGGCUCUAAAAUCCUGUUCCGUGUAGCUCUGACAUUGAUCCACCACAAUGAGGCUCUGAUCCAACAGGCCCACUCGCUGCCGGACGUCUGCCAAAACUUCAAGCAGAUCACCCACGGACCAUUUGUUGAUGAAUGCCACACUUUUAUGCAGAAAAUCUUCACCGAACCAGGAAGCCUCUCCACGGCAACCUUGACUAAACUGCGGGCAACAUGUCGAUCUCGCAUCAUUGCAGAAGAAUCGUAAACCAAACUCCUGUUGCUUAAACUCAAUACACAUUCCACUGGGAUGAGCGCCCAACAGCUCGAUUGCACCUUCUUCUUUUUUCCUGACUUAAUGUCACAGUGACUACUACAUGCUGUAUAGUUUUGGUCUUAAACAUAUUCUGAGACAAUCAUACAGCCUCAGUGUAAAUAUAUGGUCAAAUGAGAACAUUCUUAGCAAUGUGCUGUAUGAGCUGACGAUUCCAUUUGAAAUUAACAUGUAGUUUGUCUUGUUAAAAUGUGGAAUUAUGCACUUUACUCCAGAACGUCAGAGACACUGUAGAGAAAGAAGCUUGGCACUAAAUGGCCAGCUCAGAUAAAUGAUGUGUUGCACACUGUAAAUGCAGCCAAGAGGAACCUGCCUACUGUAUUCUACAUUGAAUGACUGAUGAAACUCCAUGCUGGCACUGCCCACUGUGUAAUUGAUUGUGAAUCAUACUGAUUUUAUGCCAUAUUUAUUUCAAACAUUUCAAAUCUGGUUCAUGUAUUUAUUGAUUUUGUUCCAAGUUUUGAGUAAAAGUCAUAGUUCCUGACCUCAAA